CAGGAAGCAGCCAAUCGGGAUCGGCCGGCUUCCGGCGCGCAGUGAGCUGGCGCGCGGCGCGGAGGCUGCGGAGGCGGCGCGGGGAGUUUGGACCGAGGUUUUGCCAGCUGUGAGCCAGCGUGAAAGGAUCAUGGCUGCCGUUCCCCAGAAUAAUCUACAGGAGCAACUAGAACGCCAUUCAGCCAGAAAACUUAGUAACAAAUUAAGUCCUUCCAAACCGAAAUCUUCAGUUUUCACUUUUAAGAAGAAAACAUCAGCCAACAAUGUGUCUGUCACUAGUGUGUCAGUAGCAAAAACACCUGUGUUAAAUGACAAAGAUGUUAAUGUCACUGAGGCCUUUCCCUUCAGUGAACCUCUGCCCCACGCCACAAGUCAGCAGACAAGGCCCAGUGACCUCAAAAAUACUCCAGCAGGACAGCAAACCAGGAGAACUGUUUCAAAACCAUUAUUGCCAGAUUUGUCACUGGUUUCACGAGUUUUAUGUAAUACCCAGAACACACCGAUUGUAAAGAAAUCCAGUAAUGCUACUUUCAAGAAAUUGGAAUUUAGCUCUUCAUCAGAUUCUUUUGUUACCAUCAAUGAUUGGGAUGAUAUGGAUGACUUUGAUACUUCUGGAAAUUCAAAGCUUGUUACACCAUGCAAAAAUCACUUUGUGAGAGUUAGCACUGCUCAGAAGUCAAAAAAACCUAAGAGAAACUUUUUGAAAGCACAGCUUCCUCAAGCAAAUACAGUAAAGGCUGAUUUGACUCCAUCCUCCUUUGAAAGUAAGCAAGCAUGUUUGACUAAAAAACAGAACGACGACUCGGAAUGGUUUAGUAAUGAUGUGAUUUGCAUUGAUGAUGACCCCAAUCCUGAAGAGCUUAUACAUGGAGAUCCUCAGGAGAGUCAUUCUUUAAAAACUCAUUUGGAAGAGGAAAGAGAUAGCGAAAAGAAGAACUGGGAAGAAACAGAGUUAUGUUCAUUGGAGAAGUCGCCAUGUGUAGAGCUUGACGAAGAUGAUUACGAUACAGAUUUUGUUCCACCUUCUCCAGAAGUAAUUUCUGCCUCUUCUUCCUCUUUAAAGUGUUUUAGUAUGUUAAAGGACCUUGAUGCCUCUGGCACAGAGGAUGGUCCUAGCACAUCCGAGGACUUGCCAACACCCAAGGGGAUGACAACACAGCAGCCCAAUCAAGAGACCAGCACAAACUGUGACGGUACAAAAACUAGACAGCCAAGUUUACAGCAGCAGCUUAUUCACGUGAUGGACCAGAUCUGUAAAUUAGUAGAUACUAUUCCUGAUGAUGAACUGAAAGCUCUGACUUGUGGGAAUGCACUGCAUCAGCAGCGGGACAUAAGAAGGAAGCUCCUAGCUGAAGCCGACUUUAAUACAAGUGAUGCCAGUGUUCUUGCUUCGGUGUGGACACGCGGGCCUGAUUCACUGGGAAGCCCUGUGGAGGAUAUGGCAUCUCUUUCUGCUCCUGAUGUGUUUCCAAAGGGCAAUUCCCAUCCUACCGGGAAUUCUGUUAAGGAGUUAAAUUUUCCACACCUUCCCUCACAUUCCAGUUCCACUGGGGAGUGUUUACUGGCUACUACCCCAGGAAAGACAGGAUUCUCCGGCACCAUGAAGAAUCCCUCUGAAAGACUGUUAUUCAGUCCCCAUUUACAGAAGUCCUUUGUAAGUAGCAACUGGGCUGAAACACCACGGAUAGAAAAAAGGAACGAGAGCUCUUACUUCCUGGGAAAUGUUCUCACAAGCACGGCUGUGAGAGAUCAGAAUAAACGUGCUGCUCCAAUAAAUGACUUAGAAAUUCAGGCUGCCUGUGAUAUUGAUAAUUUUGACAUAGAUGGCUUUGAUGAUGAUGAUGACUGGGAAGAUAUAAUGCAUGAUUUAGCGGCCAGCAGAUCUUCCACAGCUGCCUGUCUACCUAUUAAGGAAGGUCGGCCAGUUAAGCCAGUAUCAGAAAGAAUUUCUUCAGCCAAGACAAACUGUCUUCCAGUGGCAUCUACUGCUCAAAAUAAAAACUCAGAGUCAAUUCAGAAUUACACUGACAAGUCGGCGCAAAAUUUAGCAUCCAGAAAUCUGAAACAUGAACGUUUCCAAAGUCUUAGUUUUCCUCAUACAAAAGAAAUGAUGAAGAUUUUUCAUAAAAAAUUUGGCCUGCAUAAUUUUAGAACUAAUCAGCUAGAGGCGAUCAAUGCUGCACUGCUGGGUGAAGACUGUUUUAUCUUAAUGCCCACUGGAGGUGGUAAGAGUCUGUGUUACCAGCUCCCUGCCUGUGUCUCUCCUGGUGUCACUAUUGUCAUUUCUCCUUUGAGAUCACUUAUAGUAGAUCAAGUCCAAAAGCUGACUUCCUUGGAUAUUCCAGCUACAUAUCUGACAGGUGAUAAGACUGACUCGGAAGCAACAAGUAUUUACCUGCAAUUAUCCAAGAAAGACCCAAUUAUAAAACUUCUAUAUGUUACUCCAGAGAAGGUCUGUGCAAGUAAUAGACUGCUUUCCACUCUGGAGAAUCUGUAUGAGAGGAAGCUCCUGGCACGUUUUGUCAUUGAUGAAGCGCAUUGUGUCAGUCAGUGGGGACAUGAUUUUCGCCAAGAUUAUAAAAGAAUGAAUAUGCUUCGCCAGAAGUUUCCCUCUGUUCCAGUGAUGGCCCUUACUGCCACAGCUAAUCCCAGGGUACAGAAGGACAUCCUCACUCAGCUGAAGAUCCUCCAGCCUCAGGUGUUUAGCAUGAGCUUUAACAGACAUAAUCUGAAAUACUACGUGUUACCAAAAAAACCCAAGAAGGUGGCAUUUGAUUGCUUAGAAUGGAUCAGAAAGUAUCACCCACAUGACUCCGGGAUAAUCUAUUGCCUCUCCAGACGAGAAUGUGAUACAAUGGCUGACACUUUACAGAAAGAUGGUCUUGCUGCUCUUGCUUAUCAUGCUGGCCUCAGUGAUUCUGCAAGGGAUGAAGUACAGCACAAGUGGAUUAAUCAGGAUGGCUGCCAGGUCAUCUGUGCAACAAUAGCGUUCGGAAUGGGGAUUGACAAACCUGAUGUGCGAUUCGUGAUUCAUGCAUCUCUCCCUAAGUCUGUGGAGGGCUACUACCAAGAAUCUGGCAGAGCUGGAAGAGAUGGGGAAAUUUCUCACUGCCUGCUGUUCUAUACCUAUCAUGAUGUGACACGACUCAAGAGACUCAUCCUGAUGGAAAAAGAUGGAAACCGUCAUACAAGAGAGACUCACUUCAAUAAUUUGUAUAGUAUGGUGCAUUACUGUGAAAAUAUAACAGAAUGCAGGAGAAUACAGCUUUUGGCUUACUUUGGCGAAAGUGGAUUUAAUCCUGAUUUUUGUAAGAAAUACCCUGAUGUUUCUUGUGAUAAUUGCUGUAAAACAAAGGAUUAUAAGACAAGAGAUGUGACUGAUGAUGUAAAAAAUAUUGUAAGAUUUGUUCAAGAACAUAGUUCAUCACAAGGAACAAGAAUUAAAAACCAAUUAGGUCCUUCUGGGAGAUUUACUAUGAAUAUGCUAGUUGACAUUUUCUUGGGGAGUAAGAGUGCAAAAAUUCAGUCGGGGAUAUUUGGACAGGGAUCUACUUAUUCACGACACAAUGCCGAAAGACUUUUUAAGAAAUUGAUACUUGACAAGAUUUUGGAUGAAGACUUAUAUAUCAAUGCCAAUGACCAACCAAUUGCGUAUGUGAUGCCAGGAAAUAAAGCCCAAACUGUACUAAAUGGGCAUUUAAAGGUAGACUUUAUAGAAACGGAAAAUUCUACCAGUAUAAAAAAACAGAAAGCUGCUUUAGUGGCAAAGAUGUCUCAGAGAGAAGAAGUGGUAAAGAAGUGUCUUGGAGAACUGACAGAAGUGUGUAAAUCUCUGGGAAAAGUUUUUGGUGUCCACUACUUUAAUAUUUUUAAUACUGUGACUCUCAAGAAGCUUGCAGAAUCUCUAUCUUCUGAUCCCGAGGUUUUGCUUCAAAUUGAUGGUGUUACUGAAGACAAACUGGAAAAAUAUGGUGCAGAAGUGAUUCCAAUAUUACAGAAAUACUCUGAGUGGACAUUGCCAGCUGACGAUGGUUCCCCACGAAUCAGCCCGAGCAGCAGCAGAAGCACCAGGAGAAGUGCCCCUGAGGAGUUCGACGAGGAAACAUCCGUAUCUUCUCACUACUUUGCAAAUAAAACCAAAAAUGAAAGAAAGAGGAAAAGGAUGUCAGCCACCCAGAGGUCUAAGAGGAGGAGAACUGGCUUUGGUGGCUCCAAGACAAAAGGGGGGUCCACCGCAUGCAGAAAGACAUCUUCUAAAAGUAAAUCCUCCAACAUAUUUGGACCUCAUUCAUCUUUGCAUGGUUCUCAAGCAGCAUCAGGAGCCGCUAGAAAAUUGGGGAUUAUGGCUCCCCCAAAGCCUAUAAAUAGACCGUUUCUUAAGCCUUCAUAUGCAUUUUCAUAACAACCAAAUCUCAAUGUACAUAGAUCUUAUUUCUUGUUUGUCAGCAUCUCACCAUCUGUGAAUGUAAAGCUGUUAGUUUUGUUAUACCAUUUAUAAUUUUUACCCGUAACUAUUAAUAUUUAAAUAAAUGCUUGGGGUGACAGUUCUUAUUUUUAAAAUAAACGUUUUCUUUUGAAUAAGCAUGA